CAAUAGGUGGCGGCAUGUACAAACAAAAUGUGCGAACAGACGAUACCAAAGAAGAAGAUGAAGAUGAAGAAGACGGGUUUGACAGACGUGAUCCGCUAGAACGCGCCUUCGUCGCCGUUCGGGAUUAUGCAUAUCACAGUGCGAAAAGCAGCAGAUGGCCGUUUGGUUUUAUCCCAGUGCCAGAAGGACCACUUGUAUCAUUGCCCCUUCUGCCAGCCCUCAAUUUUCAAGCCCCGAGACUAUGCCAGUGUGUUGACACACAUUGAGUCGCACAGAUUGAAGGCUGUGCUGCAUAGAGAGUUCACAAUAUUCAUAUGCCAUCUGGAGUGCAGAGAAGCAAAGCAUUUCCACUGCCCAUAUUGCCCCAAGACUUAUGUAAAUAGGAGUGAUUUUACCAAACACAUUCCACAAUGUGAGUCAGUAUGUUAUCGAGCCCCAGGUUCAACAGCGAGAGCCCCAGAUGUAACCAGUGCAUCAGCGAGAGCCCCAGAUGUGACCAGUGCAUCAGCGAGAGCCCCAGAUGUGACCAGUGCAUCGGCGAGAGCCCCAGAUGUGACCAGUGCAUCGGCGAGAGCCCCAGAUGUGACCAGUGCAUCGGCGAGAGCCCCAGAUGUGACCAGUGCAUCGGCGAGAGCCCCAGAUGUGACCAGUGCAUCGGCGAGAGCCCCAGAUGUGACCAGUGCAUCGGCGAGAGCCCCAGAUGUGACCAGUGCAUCGGCGAGAGCCCCAGAUGUGACCAGUGCAUCGGCGAGAGCCCCAGAUGUGACCAGUGCAUCGGCGAGAGCCCCAGAUGUGACCAGUGCAUCGGCGAGCGGUUCAGCGUGUCCAGCUGUGAAACCUGCAGUCAAGCGGAAAAUCAAGUGUUGCAACUGCAGUUUGUGGCUUAACAAAAAAAACCUGAGGAAACAUCAACUUAGAAAACAUACAUCUGCUGAGAAGGGCAUUACAGCUCACUCCAAUCUCAAGGCUCAGUGCCUUGACCAGGACAAUUGGGUGUUUGCAGAGGAUAAACACAUCUACCCUGUCUCUCCUUCUGUGCUAAUUCGGGAAAUGCUUACCAAGCAAGAGAUGAUACUGGAACAACAGACACUCAUCCUACGACUCUUACAAACAGCACAGCAGAAUGGAGCAGAAUAUGCGAUCGAAGGAGGCCUUCUGCCAUUGAAGGAUCAACAAAGUCUCCAGAGGCUGGAAACCGAUCUUCAGGGGGCUGACUUCAAACUUAAACUGAUUAACCACUUGAGCCUCGUUGGGGGAUGCGAUGUGAAGGAUGUCGUGUGGCGUUUAAUGAGGCACACAAUUUCCAAUGCGCUGGCAAAAAACAUGAAUUGGAGAGGAGUGAAUAGGAAAAUCUCUCUUGGAUCUCUUCGACUAAGAGAGGUUUUGAUUGCUGUUGUCCGGAAGAAUCCAUUAACAUCUAAAGCAUCCGAGAGCGAUGUGGAGUCUGUCAUGAAAAAGUGGUUGCAGCUGGCAGCAUAUCGGGAAGGAGGGAGAAGGAGACGAGACAGGAGUGUGGUGGCACCUGUGCCGUGAUGGACUUGGGGAGAGGGGUGUAUUUUAAGUGAUAAUGCCCAAAAAGCCGUGGUUUGGAGGACAUAUUGGCAUUCGUCUCAGGCCAGCAAACCGUGCCGCUAUGUCAUCCAAACCCUAGCUUUGAGGGCAUUAUCGCUUUAAUACAAUGGUUACCAACCUAUGAAAAUAUGUAAAUCAUUAUUUUAAUUCAAUGUUAUUUUGAUGAAUUUAUUCAUAUCAUUUCCAUCCUUUCUCGAGACAUAGUCCCACACACAAAUCUAGGGUCGCUUGUUGUUCAUUCUAUUGGCAUCGUUGCCAACCAAACCGGUCG